ACGUCCUUUUUUUUUUUUUUUUUUUUUUUUUUUUUUAAAUAAAAAUUUAUUGCAAAGACCUAUACUGUAAAAUAAAUAGAUCGACAACUUGAAUGGCAUAUUGAGCAAAUCUCGCCGACAUAACGUUUCCUGUGUGUCUACCCGACACUGGUUGUGAUGAGGUGGUUUUUUACCUUACCUGUUGUUGUGUUGACCUUGACCUUGACCUUUACUCCAACCUGGUCAGAGGACAGAGAUGAUUGGAUUGAUCCAAAUGACAUGUUGAACUUUGACCCUUCAACAAAUACAAUGAAGAAAAAUAAGGUGCAAAUUCCUGAUUUGAAGACAAUUACAACCACCCCAUCUCCACAACAUGCUACUACAGAAGAUUCCAAACAGUGUUUGCCCUGUGAGAGUAAUCCCCCUUGCAAGGAGUGCCCCCUAUGUCCAGAGUGUGUAUGUGAUGAGGCUGACAGGGCAUGUCCAGAACCAGUUUUAUGUCCCCCGUGUGAAUGUGAACCAGCAAAGGAAUGUGUGUGUGAGCAGGCUGCACUUCCUCUCCUUAGGCAGUACAUCAAGUCCAUAUUGACUCAUAUAGGAGACGAGCAUCCUGUGAGUGGGACAGAAGAAUUCACAUUUCAUAUUUCACUGUCCCAGGACAGAUUUACCAUGCUUCAUAAGUUUGUAACAACUGGAAAUCAGAAACAUGUGCAUGACGUGCAUGAAAUUCUCUCGACCAUGAUAAACCGAGUGGCGUCAUCCAAGCUAGGAAGAUUAGAAAAAACAGCACAAUGGCUUGAAGAUAAGAUAGGACUAAAACUGGACAGACUCAUACAGUUCUUUAUGCUUGGUGCGUUGGCCUCCAUUGUGUUACUGAUAGAGAUAAAGUUACAGAUUGCAUGGAGACGACGUGUCAGUCAGCUCAUAGUUUUCAUGUUUGUUGUCAGUGUACCUUGGACAUGGUUUGAACUUUACAAGCAAGCAGAAAUCAAACAACAGUCUAUGGCAACAAAGACAGUUCCGAAAGAGUGCGAGGGAGAGCGAGAUGCAUGGUCGGCAUUAAAGUCGUACUUUACAUUACAAGACGAUAAAUGUCAUGAGUAUUAUGAGCAUUUGAUGAUCGAUCCGGUCAUCAGGGUGCCUCCAACAAAGGCAAUUGCAGUCACAUUUGUGAGAUUCUUUGUUGCUCCACUGAAAGACGUAGGUGGUGCUAUAAGUGAAUUCAUACGUGCACUACUUAUUGACCUUCCUGUGACCUUAUACCCUGUUGCCAUAGGGAUUGUUGGAUUAUUUCUGUUUAUGUUCCUGUUCAUGUGGUUUGGAUACAGCAUACGUCUGCCAUUCUUCCUGACUAUCGAACGUAGUCCACAGCUGUCUGUAGCUGACAGUCAGUUACACCAGGCUAUACAAGAAAACAGUCAACAAACAGUAGCUCAGCUGGAAAAGCUGCAAGCCAGUCUUGAGUCUAGGGAGUCAGAAUUAGCAGACAAGAUGUUACAAUUUGAGCGGAAACAGCAAUUAGCUUUAGAAUACAUGACCUCUGAACCAUCCAUUAGUCCUGCAGGCUCUCCUACCAUUUCAAGGUCAGAGGUCAGGGAUUCUCCAAGCAUUUCGAGGUCACCUGUGAAGAAGAGGUCAGAGGUUAAGGUCGCAAGUGCACAAAAUUUCUCUUUGAAUGAUAGUCAGGUUGCUUCACCAACAUCCUGUGACAGUAUUGGUGCUAAAGAUACUGAAGCUAGUGCUAGUUUUAAUUCUAGAGCUAAAAAUAGAAAUGAUGAUAGUGCUAAAAAUAGAAACGAAAAUGGUGCUGUGGAUGUUAAUAAAUCAGCAUAUAAGGAUGAUAAUUUAGAGGAUAAUUGUGUUCAACAUGAUAUCGCAACAUUAAAACCAGAUGGUACUAGGGACUGAUAAAUAUUGGUCAGAGACACCUGGCUGCACUUUUUGCUAAAUUGUUGAAAAUUCUGUAAAAUAAUUUUGUUUGCAUUAAAUUUUGUGGUGCCAUUUUUUAGGCACAUGAAGUUAGAGAUUUCAAAAUUUAAAGUUUUUAUGGAUUGACGAAACAUUGAAUUUCAGAUAUAUUUUAUUUACAUUCUAUACACCACAGUCCCUUUAAGGUCAAAGCAAUAAAAUGCAAAUAGAGUUAAAAAAAACUAAUGUUAAUAUUACUAUUUGGCUGUGAUAGUUGUAAAUAGCAGAUGGAUUAUGAACAUGGAUUGUACAGUUACCCUGGUAACAUAGAUACCCUGUUUGCUCUGUGAUAGACUUUUUGUGAAGUUUAGAAACUGUACUUACUGUUUUCUAUAUCAGUUUACUUAGUACCAUAUCUAUUCUUAUGUGUUGGUAAUCUAUAAAAUUUAAGGUGUAUGAAGUUCAAAACGAAAUACUCAAAAUCAGAAUUUCCUAAACAAAAAAAGUGCAUACUUUCUUAAAAUUAAAAAGUUUAGAGGGAUAAUUUAUUGUAGUGGCAUGCCGAAGUGGUUCCUAUAGGCUGCCCCGUUUUAGAUUUUGCAACACCGUAGGGUUGCUACAAAGAAUCAGUUCAGUAUAUCUUGAUUUGAUAGAAUGCCUAUUUGAGGUUCAUGAUUGAUGUAAAAUAUAAAAAUCGCUUACAUGAACCUUUAAAAGAAGAUUUGAUAAUUAUUUUUCUGUUGUUUUUUUUUAUGGGCAUAUUAAAAUCACACUGUCAGUUCGUGUGUGUGUGUGUGCAUGCAUUCGUGUAAAUUAUUGUCCGGGCUGUAACUUCAGCAUUCAUAGGGGGAUUUCAAAAUAAUCUGACACAAUUGUUAACAACACUGAGGUGUGUCUUGCUUGUUACCCGGGUCUCUAGGGUCAAGAUCAAGGUCACAAAGUGAUGUGUGAUUUUUUUUUUGUGCCUUGUCCAUAUCUUUUAGGCACAUGGAGGGAUUUUGAAAUAAGUUCUCACAAAAGUUCAUCUAAUCCCAAGGGUGUGUCAUGUCAAUGACCCAGAUCUCUUGGGUCAAGGUCAAGGUCACAAUUUGACAUAUCAGUUUUCUGUAUGCAGUCAUUAUUUUUGUUUUUGUUGUUUAUAUAUGGAUUUAGAAGUCAUUUUGUGCAAAUAUCUAUUUUAGCCUAAGAAUAUGCUCUGUGCAUAAUGCGGGUCUCUUGGGUCAAGGUCAUUAUUUAAAUUUUUAUUUUGCGCAGACAACUGUAGCAUUCUUAGGCAUGCUUUUGGGGCAUUUGUCUCUAAUAGUGACAGCUGUUGUUUUUUGUGUUUUUUUUUUUUUUGCUAGUAGAAAAUGCAAGAAUCCACUGCUUUUUGUAUGUACAAUGUAUAACUACCUAUUUGUAGAAAAAGUUUAUUUUUGCUUGCUGUAUUUAUUUUAAAAUAUUUCUGCUCAGCUUUAUAUUUUGACAGAGUAUUGUAAAAUGAUUUAUAGUAAAAUGUUUAUUAGAAUUUUGA